CGCGGGAAAUGUCGUCUGCGUUCUGACCUUCUGGCCACCCUGUACGAAACUGGUCAGGGACGAAGGCAGUUAUGGCAUGCUGCAGGUUUAUUACAAGGUUCUCUGCUAGCUUCCCAGCCGGCGUCCGUUCGUGCUACACGAACACUAGGACCGCUUUAAAAAUUGACAAGGACACGAAAAUCAUUUGCCAGGGUUUUACGGGGAAACAGGGAACUUUCCAUAGUAAGCAGGCGAUAGAAUAUGGCACCAGGAUGGUUGGAGGCGUGUCUCCUGGCAAAGGAGGACAGACGCAUCUUAAUCUUCCAGUGUUCAACUCGGUUAAGGAGGCCAAGGAUGCAACCGGUGCGGAUGCCUCCGUCGUCUACGUACCGGCACCUGUAGCUGCCAAGGCAAUACUGGAGGCCAUGGAGGCAGAAAUCUCUCUAGUGGUGUGCAUCACGGAAGGGAUUCCGCAGCAAGACAUGGUGCGCGUUCAGCACAGCCUCCUACGGCAAGGAAAGACCCGUCUGGUCGGCCCCAACUGUCCAGGCAUCAUCAAGCCUCAAGAGUGCAAGAUAGGCAUCAUGCCCGGCCACAUCCACCAGAAGGGUAAGAUCGGCAUCGUCUCGAGGUCCGGCACCCUGACCUACGAGGCUGUACAUCAGACGACUCAAGUGGGGCUGGGUCAGUCCCUGUGCGUUGGAAUUGGAGGCGACCCUUUCAAUGGCACAAACUUUAUCGACUGCUUAGACAUCUUCCUUCAAGACCCCGAGACAAAAGGUAUUAUUCUCAUUGGAGAAAUCGGAGGCAAUGCGGAAGAGAGCGCAGCCGAGUUCCUCACGAAGCACAACUCGGGUGCCAAUGCAAAGCCUGUGGUGUCCUUCAUUGCGGGUCUCACGGCGCCACCUGGGAGGCGAAUGGGUCAUGCAGGCGCCAUCAUUGCCGGUGGCAAGGGCGGCGCCAAGGAGAAAAUUGAAGCUCUCAAGACGGCUGGCGUCACGGUCACCAAGUCUCCGGCACAGAUGGGGGCCACUAUGCUUCAGGAAAUGAAGAAGAGAGGUCUGGCCUAAGCGAGCAUCAUGACGCUCCUCUAGUUGUAGCUAGUUUUGGGUUCUCACCUUGCAUCGCGCUGUACAGUCGGGUCUGCGUUAUUUAAGCAGAAAUAAAGGCCCAUUUUAAAAUGC